AUGUCUCGAUGGCGUCAACGAUUUACAGAAACUGAAAUAUUUGCUAUUGGAAUUGAAGGUGAUCGCGAUUCAUUAUGUGGUGCUAUAAAACGAUUUGAACGUGAUGGAAUACAAUCAAAUGAUGAAUAUGAUUUAUGUGAUGAAUGUUCAGUGACUACUUAUAAAAAACAACGAAAUAAAUGUCACUGUCCUAAGUUAGAACGUGCUAUUAAUAAAUUAAAUAAAUAUUUUUUCAAACGAAUGAAUAAUAACAAUAAUGUUAAAAAAGGUGAUAUAAAAAAAUUUGAGCUCAUAUAUAAAUUUCCAGAUUGCGAUGGUGAUUAUAGCGAUUACUGUGAUGAACCACCAUUAUUUUUUCUUUAUAUUUCACCAUGUAUUAUUAGUGAUAGAAAAUGUUCUAUAAAUGAUGACUUUGAUGAUAUGGAUAAUAUACCAUAUCAUUCAUGCCGAUUGAUUCAUCAAGUAUCUGUAGAAGAGAAACUUUUAUUUGUUGAUGUUAUGAAAUUUUUCGGUGGCUUUGAAACUAAACAUGAACAACCUGAAUUUAUUUUAUAUCAUUGUCAAGAACAUGAACUUUGA